AUGUUUAUCAUGCUUGGCAACCGUGGUAAGGUUGCCUUAGAUGAAUCCAAAUGGGAAUAGUUAGAUAGGAAAAUAAGAACAUCAAUAUAUGCUUUGAUGCAUGAUUUACUGCAAGCUAACUCUGUCUCGCCACUCAUCUAUAAGUUGCUUUUAUUGAUAGAAGGUAUACAAAUUGCCUAUUAUUCAAUUAAUCCAACAUUUGGAUACUUAUGGAGCAGCGGAAUCACUAAUGUAUUGUAGUAGGCACUCAAAUACUUUUAAUUCAAUGGUAGCAUAUAAAAUAUCGAUUAAAGCAUAUUUUUAACGAUACUAUACAUAGUCUUCAUCAUUCAAGUUAUUGGCAUAGUUUUGUUCAUUUAUCAAUUGUUAAGGGCUUCUUAAAAAAACAAGAAAUCUUCAACUUUCUCUUCAUACGUAACGAAACUCCUUUCUAUUUACGGCAUUUUAAUCAACACAAUAGCUUUUAUACCUUUCUUUAACAUAUUUAUCUAAACGUUAUACUGCAGCACAAGCAUUCAAACUGGAUAGAAUCUAAAUUGUUAUAAUGGAAUUUAUUUUGUACACUUCAGUUUGGCAGUAUUAGGAAUGAUUUUACUCUUACUUUUUACAGUUCUCUUUUUAAGAUUGUAUAUUGAUUUGAACCCUUGUUCUACUCUUCCUUUUGCUCAGCCAUAAUCUUAAACUAGUUUAGUAAGAACAGUUUUAAAGAUUCUUUUGCCAAUGUAUACUACAUUCGAUCCUAAUGCAAAUAUUGCAAAACCUUUUAUUGUUUGCAUGGCUUUGUAUUAGCUUUUGGUUUUAGGAUAUAGAUAUAUAUCAGCUCCUUUAUAUAACAGAAGCGUAUAGCAAUUAUCAUGCAUCAUAGAUGUAUGUUGCUUUUGGAUAAGUUGUGCAUCUUUUAUUUGUGCUUUGAUAGAUGCUGGAUCAGUUGGUAUUCUAUAUAUGAUAAUAGGAGCACCUUUUAUAUCUGUCACUUACUUGAUGAUUAUAAACUACAGAUAUAACCAACUAAUGUCAUAUUAAGUCAAAAAUUUUAAAAAAGAAAACGAUCUUGAAUUAUACAUAAAUGUGCUUAUCAAUUUAAUAGAAAAUAGGGAUAAACCUAAUGAGCGUAUUUAAUUAGAAGGUGUCAUUAAAUAUCAUGCAAAGAAUUGCUCAAAAACUGCAGAUUCGUGCAAUUGCUAACAAUUAAUUCUUGACAAGGAAGACGAUAAUAAUGGUGGAGGUGGCAAUUCAUCUCAAGGCCAUAAAAAAUGGUAUCUCUUUCUUAGGAAUAUCUUAUAAGAUGGUUUUGAAAAGUUUCAAAAAAGCUCGCGUUUACAUUUACUUCAUGCAUAUAUUCAGCAGGGAAAGCUUUAAAAUAAAUUUAAGGCUCUUUUCGAACUGAUGAUUACAGAAGAAUAAAAACCUAAUCUCUAAGAAGAAUUCUCCAUUUACAGAUACAAGCAUUUAAUAGAAGAAGAACUUAUAGAAGGUGACCUACGUGGUUAGGAAAAUAAGGGAAUUGAGGUUAACAAUAUUGUAACUUUCUAAAACAAGCUUGUUGUCUUUUUGAAUGCUAUCGAAAAAUCUGUCAGCUUCCAUCUUGAAUUUUGGAAUAAACUAUUAGAAGAGCAACCUGAUAUUUAGAAACUUUUGUAAUUAGGUUCUAAAAUCACAAAUACUGUUGAAAAUACUUCAGAUUUGUUUGAGUAGCUUUAGGAAAUGAAUCCGAAUCAUAUCAAAUGUCUUGAAAUUUAUGGUAAUUUCCUCAAAGAAAUAGUUAACGAUGAACAAGAAGGUGUUAGAGUUAUUGAAAAGGCUGAAUAUGUUAGCAAGAGUAAUUAGGCAAAUAAGUAAUUUGUUGAUACUGAAAAAAUAAAAUAUGGAGAAAAUUCUAACACUUGUAUUAUCACUGUUUCUGGUAACUUGAAUUCAGUUGGUAUUGUAACAAAUUCUAAUAAUGAAGUUUUUAGAAUGCUAGGUUUCUAAAAAAAUGAAAUUAUAGAUUAGAAUAUUAGCAAGAUUAUGCCUAGAGUUUAUGGAAAUCUUCAUGACUCAUUCAUUCACAGAUAUUUAGAGACUUCAGAAAGCAGAGUCAUUGGUGUAGAAAGAUCAGUUAUGUGCUUAAAUAAGUAAGGAUACAUAGUUCCUUGUACUCUUAUGAUUAAGGUAUUACCAAAUCUUGAUGAUGGUAUUCAAAUAGUUGGUUUCUUGAAAGAAAUUGAAAACUAGGACAUUAAAAGCUAGUUAGACAGAGAAGAAGUAGUUCAUUACUUGAUUUAUAGAGAUGACAAUUAAUAGAUUCAAGGUAUUUCUGAAACUUGUCAUGAAUACUUUGGCAUUCCUGCCCAACUUAUUUAAGGUAACACAGCUAAUUCACCUGAUUUUACUAUAGAUUCUAUUGCUCCAGCCAUAGUAGACGUUUAAAAUUUGACAGAUCUCAAAUCUCCUUAAGGAAUGGUUGUCUAAAUAGAUACAACUUAUAUUCAAUAAAACUUUUUAAUAGAUGAAGAAGAGUUUGAAAACGAUGAGUAAUAUGAAUAAGAAGCUGACUAUAACGAUGGACAAUAAAAUGGUAAUUAUGGUACAACUGGAGGAAGUCCAUAAAAAAAAUCAAGAUUCAGAGUUGCCAAUAUUAGAGUCAAUUUGAUUGAAGAAUAGGAAUUUGGAGAUGGAGUAAAAGUCAAUGUUAUAAAAUUUAUUGAAGUUGAUAAAAACGAUGAAAACCUUUACUAGUAAAAGUCUGCAGACAUUCAAAAUAUGGAAAAUCUUAAGACCACUUAAAAGCAAACCAUGCAAUAAGAAGAAGACAAACACUCAAAUAUGGAUAAUUAGGAUUAUGAAGAAGAGGGAUCAAAUGUAUCAGGAACUUCUGCAAAUGAUGAAAUGAGAUAGCUAAAAGAUUUUAAAGCUAUGAUAUCAGAAAAAACAGUUCCUAAAUCUAUUAAAAUUCUAACAAGAACAGUCUUCAUUUUAAUUCUCAUUUUGAUUGCUUUAUCAGGUUAUGAUUUAGGUUUUAAAUUGACAAAUAAGAGCGAUGUUAACGAGGCUAUAAAUGCUAUUUACUACGGUUACUUAAAUCCCACUCUCAUGGAAGAAGUUAAUUACUAUACAAGAAUGCUUUAGAUGCUUGGAAAUUAUUUUUAUGGAUUAACACCAGGCACAUCCACUGCAUCUAAUAUAAACGAUGGAACAAAUAAUGUUUUAGAAUUCUAAGCUUAACUUGAUAAUUAUGUGACCUAGCUACAAACAAAUGUAUUUACAGUUAUUAGAUACUAAAUAUAAAUGAACUCGAGAAAAUCUAGUGUGCCUGCUGACCCUUAAUACACUAUUUAUUCUUAAACAUAGACAGGAACUAUAACAACUGAUUAAAAGCUAUUUACAGAUGCAAUUUUUGCUUUUAUUACAGCAUCAUCUACUCUUAAAAGUGUUGCAGUUUACAAUUUUGUGGACUCAGGUGCAUACUAUGGUUUAACAACUCCAAAUCCAGGAUAUCAAGAAUCUACUUCUAAGAAUAUUUAUUAUCUUAGAUAAAAUGGUUUGUUUGUAUUAAAAGAUGCUGCUUAUACGAUAGCUUAAAAUUUUUACAAUUUCUAUUAUAAUAUGGUUGAUGGUUAUGUGACAAAUUAUAGGGUAGUAAUGAUUAUUGCAAUUAUCUUUUUAGUGAUUUCAUAACUUAUAUUAAUACCUAUUGUUUUCAAUGUUAUUAAAACGAAUAACAGAGUACUUUCUCUAUUUGGUUAUAUCCCUAACUCUGAAAUAAAAGAGUUGGCAAUGAAAUGCGAACGUUUUAUCUAAGAUUUCUUGGCUUAAAAAGAAAUAGAUGAAUUAAAAGACGAUGAUUAAGCCAAAAAUAAUGACAACAAUUAAAAAAACAAUCGUGAUGACGAAAAUGGCUACGAAUUAAAUAAUGAAGAAGGAUCCGAAAAUAAGAAUGAAGAAAGUGUUUAAGUUAAUCCUUUAAGCAACAAUCAGCUCUAGAAGGGAGGAAAGGAUCAUAAAAAGGAUUAAAAUUAAGAUAAAAAAGAUAAAGAUAAUGAUAAUGAUAAGGAUAAAAAAUAGAAUCAAGAAGAUUAAGAAUAUGUCGACUAGCGUGCCUAAUAAUUGCUAAACUAAAAAGAUAAUAAUAAAAAGCUAGUCAUAUUCAAAUUUGGUAUUAUGGCUGCAGUCUUUAUUACAUACUACGUUGUGCUUUAUGUUCUUUCAACUUAAUUCAUAAGCAACAUAGAAAAUAUAUUUGUGCAUCUUUAAUGUGUCUGCCUACGUCCCUCUUAUAUAAAAUACCUCUUCAUGUAUACAAUAGAAGAUAUAGUAGAAAUUUAGACAGGAGGAGCUAUUGAUACAUCAACUAAUAAAUCCUUGCGCACAAUAUUCUCCAAUAAUAUUUACAACAAUGAAAAUUUGAUUCUUAAAUCUAUUGGUUAUUCUUUUCCUUCAUAGCUUAGCAGCUAUGUAUCUCUAUUUACCAAUGCAUAGACUCAAAAUGUAUGUACAGCUAUGAGCUCAAUUACAGAUUAAGAUACAUGCGGUGCUAAUUCUAACUAAAUUCUUAAGAGCGGACUUUAGACAGCCAUAGUUGCUUAUGAUUUGAAGAUGGGAGAUUUGAUUAGUGCAUUUGGUAAAACCCCGUAUCCUGCUUAUUAAACUGCCACUUUAUAAUUAACUGGUACAGCUAAAUAAACUAUUUGGAGAAACACAUUAAGAACAUUUUUUUCUACUUCUUCAGCAACAUCAACAGCUGCAGUUAUUUUCGCGAAUUUACAAUAAUAAAUAGCUUUCUUAAGGCCGGCUUUUGAUUAGCUAAAUAAUUCUCUAUUGAAUGGAACUUUUAGUUAUCUUAACUAUAGGAGCAACACAGAAAUUAUUAUAUUCAGUAUUUACAUCGUGAUAAUCUUGAUAGUUUUUAUAUUUAUUUGGAUUCCUUAUCUAAACGGUUUGAAUAUAAAAAUUUGGAGAACUAAAGGUAUGCUCAAUAUGAUACCAAUGGACGUCAUAAACAAAAACGAUUAACUUAAAAACGCAUUUACUAACGGAGAGAUACUUCAAGCUGUAAAAUGA